AUGUCCGGUCGUCCCGCAAAAGUUGGUUGUAAAGCUAAACAUCAUGUAAACUACUAUGAGAUCUCCUCAGAGGGUCUUUACCAAGAUGUUUCUCAGACGAAUGAAGAAAUGACUCCACAAACUUCUGAACAAGUCCCAGAAACUACACUUGAAACCCCACCACUAAAGACAAAAGUACCAAAGACAAAGACACCAAAAUCAAAGGAACCAAAGUCAAAGGAACCACCAAAGUCUAGAGUAACAAAGAAAGGAGCUGGAAAGACAACACAAAGUAAAUCUCGACCAAAGAAAUGGACCUUUGAUGUACUCAUGCACGAUCCAAAAAGUGAAUUGGGACAUGCAGAUUUACAAUCAAAGCUCAAUAUAUCCAGACUUCAAGGAUUUACAGAAGAUGAAUUACAUGAACUCGCGGCCAUGUUGCCAAUAUGUGAUCGAAGCUAUCUAACAGAAAAUGGCUGGAUAGAAGAGUGCUCUAUCAAAAAAGCUCAAGCCUAUUCCGAAUCUGGUACAAGGAUGGGUUUGAGUUCUUUUGCGCUUGACCAAAGGAAUAAUGUCUUUUGGAAUAAUGUCCGUGAUUGGCAGAACAAACUAAAGGAUGGGGAGUUUUCUAUUAACAAUCCCAAACUAAAGGGGGCUCACAAUUCGGUAGACUCUGCUGACAACCAAGCCAAUAUGGAGGCACCAUGGAAGGAUGAUGAGUUUGAGGCAUAUUGGGGAGAAAGACUGGAAAGAAACGAGAAAUUAAAAAGGGAACUCGAAGCCAAAGAAGAGGUCCCUUCUCUUGUUGUAAAGAAGCCUAGAGGGCGUACCCCAAAAGCCAAAAAGGUUAUCUAA